AUGGAAAAAAUAAAUAAAAGACCACUCUCAAAGAAAGAACUCGAAAUAUGCAUAGAAAAUUUAGCGGAUCUUUCAGAUUUGUCCGAAUGCGAUGAAGAAGACGAUCCUUGUUACGAAAAUAGUAUCCAUUCUCCUUCUGUACACCUAGACCAACCAGAUGCUUGCCUAGUAGAACAACGUCUUGAAGAAAUGUUUGGCUUCGAAGAAACUUGUGAUGACUAUAUCGUACUAAAUGAACCAAUAACAGAGCCUGAUAAAUUAUUAUCAAUUCUAAGUGAAGAUUUAUCGCCCACGAUUCCCAUCAAUCACUUACCGGACAUUUCAGUAAACGACUUUUUGGAGGAUGAUGAACCAGAAUCUAACACUGUACGCAGAGAUCGCUCACAACUACGACAAUGGGAGGUAGAAGAUAUAAGUCAUGAAAUUCCAAAUUUUGGAAAGCGUUUCAAGCCCGUGGUUACUGACACACAUAAAACUUCGCCUAUAACUAUAUUUGACCGUUUUUUUCCUGACAUAUUGAUAUUAAUAUUAGCCGAACAAACCAAUAAAUACGCCAGCCAGAGAAACAGCGCUCAAUGGAAACCAGUUACUGAGAAAGAUAUAAGAGCCUAUUUGGGAGUUUUAAUUCUGAUGGGAUUGAACCCUCUUCCAGAUAUGGAACUCUAUUGGUCGACCGAUACAUUUUACUAUAACAAAGAAAUGGCGCAAGUUUUUCCACUCACUAGAUUUAAAAAAAUCACUGAAAAUCUACAUUUAAAUGAUAACCAAACCCAACCAUCAAGAGAUUCUCCUGAUUAUGAUAAAUUACACAAGGUCAGACCUCUAAUAAUAGAAUUAAACAAAAUAUAUCAGAAGGAAGCUUGUAAUUCCCAAAUCCAAUCAGUUGACGAAUGUAUGGUCAAAUUUAAAGGACGCAGCUCCUUAAAACAAUAUAUGCCCAAAAAAACCAUUAAAAGGGGUUUUAAAGUCUGGGCGAGAUGCGACGCAAAAACCGGCUAUUUAUAUCAAUUUGAAAUUUAUACUGGUAAAGGCGACAGCAUUGAAAACGAAGGUCUCGGAUACAAUGUCGUUAUGAAAUUAUGCAAUAAUGUCCCUAGAAACACUUUGGUUGCCUUUGAUAAUUUUUUCACGAGCUGUAAUCUAAUGGAAGAUCUCUACGACAAAGUACGUAAAAAGGACGCAAAAGGAUGGCUCAAGAAAAGAGAUACUUUGCCCAAAAGCUAUUGCAGAAUAUACACUUUCCAUGGAUGGAGUUGA